CAAAGUAUGGCGCCGACUACAAACGCAGUUAAAAUUAAGGUGAUGAGUAGACUGAAGUUGGGCUCAGGUUGUUGUGCUGUGGGAUGCAACCUGACCUCUGGAACAAAUACCUUAUCGAAAAUAUAAAUGUUUCGGUUUCCUAAAAACGAAGGGAGACGGCGAGCAUGGAUCACCGCUGUGCGAAGAGAGGCUUGGCAGCCAGGCAAGAAUUCAAGGAUCUGUAGCACUCACUUCGUUACAGGUGCGCCAUCAGUGGACCCAUGCCAUCCAGAUUAUGUUCCAUCAAUUUUCGCUCAUAAAAACACCAUUGAUGGUUCACAGAAGUUGGAGCGAUACCAGAGGAGACAGAGGAGACCAUCUGUGGUUGAGUCUAUGGAUUCACCUUCCUUAGAGGUCACCCAUGCUGACCCUGAAGAAGGAUGCACUGCUGUGGGUACAGAUCUGUCAAUGGCAGACAUUGACCAGCUACAAAAUGAAAAUGUUGAAUUAAAAAGAAAAAUGGCUUCAAUGGAGAAGAAACUGCAAUCUCAAGAAAAACGACUACAAGAUCAUAUGUUUGGCAGUCCGUCCGAUUUUAUUUUAAAUGAUGACAAGCACACUCAUUUUUACACUGGUCUACCAUCUGCUUCUGUGUUCUUCACCCUCCUCACUUACCUGACAACAACAUGUAACGCAUCAUCAACCAUACUUACCCUUCCCGAGCAGUUUCUUGUGGUCCUGAUGAAGCUUCACCUAGGCUUAACUCAUAAAGACCUCGCUUUUCGCUUCAGAGUGAGUUGUGGAACUGUCUCAAACAUCUUUCAUGAAUGGCUCGAUGUAAUGGCUAAAGAGUUACAAUGCCUUGUCCGGUGGCCAUCCAGGAAAGAUAUCAGAAGAAAUCUCCCCACCCUCUUCAAGACUACAGGUUUCCAACAAGUUAGAUGUAUAAUAGACUGUACUGAAGUGUUCAUUGAGAGGCCAACUAGUUUGCAAACACGGGCAGUCACAUACUCCCACUACAAAUCACAUAAUACUGUGAAGUUCCUUGUUGGUAUUAGUCCAACAGGAACUAUUACAUUUUUAUCAAAAGUCUGGGGUGGUCGUGCUAGUGACAAGGUUAUAACAAAAAAUUCAGGGUUAAUUGACCUUGAACAAGGAGACCAUGUAAUGGCUGAUCGAGGCUUCAAUUGUCCUGAAUAUUUUGCCACCAGUUGUGUUCGUCUUCUUGUACCAGCAUCUACAAAGGGAAGAAAACAAUUGACAGGAUUAGAGGUGACACACUCUAGAAAAAUGUCCCGAGUGAGAAUCCACGUGGAAAGGGCCAUAGGAAAACUGAAGACAUUCAGAAUUCUGCGGAACACCCUGCCAGUCAGUAUGGUCAAACGGAGAAAUGAUAACAGUCUUUGCACAAUAGAUAAAAUAUGAAUUGUUUGUGCAGCACUUUCAAAUCUGGGGAAACCACUUGUACCAAAAUAAAGCAGGACUUAACCACAACUUAAAGGGAUAGUUCACCUAAUAACCCUCAUGCCGUUCCAAACCUGAAAGACCUUUGUUCAUCUUUGGAACACAAAUUAAGCUAUUUUUAAUUACUUAGGCUGUCAAUGGAGGGACAGAAAGCUCUCGGAUUUCAUCAAAAAUGUGUUCUGAAGAUGAUCAAGGUCUUACAGGUUUGGAACGAAAUGAGGGAAAUAAAUUAAUUACUUUUUUUAUUAUUAAAUAUAUUAAAAUACCAAACACAUGCAUUGAUAUUUGUAGUGUUGCACUUGUAUCACAAUGUUUCACAUGGAUUGUAAUUAUAAAAUGAAAUGAUAUAUUCAGUAAUGAACACCAACAACUAUUGAGUAACUGAUUUAUUGACUGAUGAAUAAAGUACUGUAGACUAUGA